GCGCCAGGCCCGCGGCAGCCACUGUGUUCGCGGAGGGACGCGGCGUGACACCAUGCAGCUGGAGGCCAUCCGGUACUCGCGGGGAUCGCUGCAGAUCCUCGACCAGCUGCUGCUGCCCCUGCAGAGCCGCUACGAGGCGGUGGGCUCGGUGCAGCAGGCCUGGGAAGCCAUCCGCGCCAUGAAGGUGCGCGGCGCCCCGGCCAUCGCCCUGGUGGGCUGCCUCAGCCUCGCCGUGGAGUUGCGGGCGGGCGCGGGGGGCCCGGGGCUCGCCGCCCUGGUGGCCUUCGUCCGCGACAGGCUGAGCUUCCUCGUUACCGCCCGGCCCACCGCCGUCAACAUGGCCCGGGCUGCCCGCGACCUGGCGGACGCCGCGGCCCGGGAGGCGGAGAAGGAGGGCGCCACCGAGGAGGCGGUCCGGGAAAGAGUGAUCUGCUAUGCUGAGGACAUGUUGGACCGAGACCUCAGAGACAACCGGAGCAUCGGGGAUCUGGGAGCCGGCCACCUCCUGGAGCGCAGCCCCAGUGGUGGCAAGGUGGUGGUGCUGACCCACUGUAACACUGGUGCCCUGGCCACCUCUGGCUAUGGUACAGCCCUAGGUGUGAUCCGCUCCCUGCACAGGCUGGGCCGCCUGGAGCACGCGUUCUGCACGGAGACCCGGCCCUACAACCAAGGAGCUCGGCUGACCGCCUUUGAGCUGGUCUAUGAACAGAUCCCCGCCACCCUCAUUGCAGACAGCAUGGCAGCCGCUGCCAUGGUCCACAAGGGUGUCUCAGCUGUCGUCGUGGGAGCCGACCGUGUGGUGGCCAACGGAGACACAGCCAACAAAGUGGGCACCUACCAGCUGGCCAUUGCCGCCAAACACCAUGGCAUCCCCUUCUAUGUGGCUGCCCCCAGCUCCUCCUGUGACCUCCGUCUGCAGACAGGACAGGACAUCAUCAUCGAGGAGCGCCCAGGCCAGGAGCUGACAGACAUUAAUGGGGUCAGGAUAGCAGCACCCGGGAUUGGAGUCUGGAAUCCCGCCUUCGAUGUCACCCCCCACGAGCUCAUCACAGGUGGCAUCAUUACAGAGCUGGGUGUCUUUGCCCCCAAGGAGCUCCAGGCAGCCCUAAGUGCCACCAUCUCCUCAGAGGAACGACCCUAGAUGGUCCCCCAGAUGUGCCCAACCCUGCUCUCCCUACCCUGCCCCCAUUCCUCAGAUUUUAUAAUAAAUUUUUUAAAUGACCUACCCAAAACACCAACCUUCCUCCCCUAACCACAGGAAGAGUGGACAGGGCCUUGCAUACCUCUUUAAGAACCCAAGCAGCUGGAUCCAGACUGCUGGGCUUCAAAUCCCAGUUCCACCUCAUUCUCCACUGUGUGCUUUAGGGCCAAGUUACUUAACCUCCCUGUGCCUUCCCUUCCUCCUUUAUACAAUGGGCGUAGUGCCUCCUUCCUACGGUUGCUGUCAAGCUGGAACUAGGUUGCCACUCCAGGUGCAAAAUUUAAGAAAACAGACACCAAAUAAGCCCAAUAAACAAAAUAAUAUUUUAGCGCACUAUUUUUUUUAACAGAAUUAAUGCAGAAAAAUCCAUCAUAAUGAAAAUAUCAAGAUUUUAAAUAGAACAUCUCCAACUUUGCACUUGCAACUUGAGUUUACCCCCACCAAGACGUGAUAACCAGCC